UACUGACCAACGAUUCUCCUUUCCCAUUAAAAGGUAACUAGCCUCUGAUCCAUCAGACUCCCCUAAACCCGCCGCCCCACCUCUCUCCGUCUGUCUGGCUCUCUCUCUCACAGAGACAUGGCUGCAGUUUCAGAACCUUCAUGGCAGGAACUGCAAGGAAGCAAGAACUGGGAAGGCCUUCUUGAGCCUCUUCAUCCUCAGCUCCGGACCUUGAUCAUCAGAUGUGGUGAUUUCUGCCAGGCAACCUAUGACACAUUCAUCAACGACCAGAAUUCUAAGUACUGUGGCUGCAGCCGCUAUGGCAAGAAAUCCUUCUUUGAGAAGGUGGCCAUGUUUCCGACCGGCGUGCAGCCGGACUACGCCGUCCACAGCUUCCUCUACGCCACGGCCAAGGUCGACGUGCCGGAUUCCUUCAUCGUCAAAUCCAUGUCACGCGAGGCGUGGAGCCGGGAGUCCAAUUGGAUCGGCUACGUCGCGGUGUCGACGGACUCGGCCGCUCAAGCUCAAGGCCGGCGCGAUGUGCUCGUCGCCUGGCGAGGUACGACUAGGAACCUUGAAUGGAUAGAUGUCUUUAACCCAACUCAAGAAUCCAUUUCCGGCCUACUCCACACCCAAGAAAAACCAGGGCAUUUUUAUGAUGUUCUCUUGGGCAAGAGCUCCCCAAAGGUCAUGGAUGGGUGGGUCACAAUUUACACAAGCGACGACUCAAAAUCCCCCUUCACAAAAACAAGUGCCAGGGUGCAGCUCUUCACAUUCAUACAGGAAAUAGUAGAGAAGUACCAAGAUGAAGAAUUGAGCAUUACCCUUGUUGGGCACAGCCUAGGUGCCUCCUUAGCAAUCUUGAGUGGCUUUGAUAUUGUGGAGAAUGGGCUAACCAGGAGAGAGGGCAGAGACCCAAUUCCUGUUGCAGCGUUUGUUUUUGGAUCCCCAAUGGUUGGGAACAAAGAGUUCUGUGAAAGAUUUGAGAAACUUCCCAACCUCAAAGUGUUGCAUGUCAGGAACGAGAUUGAUUUGAUUCCCCAUUACCCUGGGAAGGCCUUGGGCUAUCAAUGGACUGGCGUGGAGCUUAUGAUUGACACAAGGAAAUCACCAUACCUGAAGGACUCCAAGAACCCCAGUGACUGGCAUAACCUGCAGACAAUGCUGCAUGUGGUAGCAGGAUGGCAGGGGAAGAAUCAGGAGUUCAAGCUGCAGCUUAAGAGGAGCAUUGCUCUGGUGAACAAAUCGUGCGAGUUCUUGAAGGACGAGUGCCUGGUUCCUGGAUCAUGGUGGGUGGAGAAGAACAAGGGGAUGGUUCAGGAUGAAAGUGGUGAGUGGGUCAUGACUCCACUGGCGGAUGACGAUGUCCCCACACCUGAAUAUUAGGUGUGGCUGUAACCGUGUCGGGUGAAGUCCUUGUUGAAAAUUUUAUUUACUUUGUUUAAAUAAAAUUUGUUUCUAUUUUGUCA